AUUUUGGGAGUGAUGAGUAGUAUAUUUAAGAGUAGCUAAAGUAAUUGUACUUCUUAUAUUAAUUUUCAAGUAGAGAGUCUUGACUUUUUUUAGAAAAAAAAAAAAAGUUUCUUGCAUAGACUAUGGAGAAGAUUCCCCGGCCAUUAGUGACGGAUUGCAUCCGGGCUGAGAGCAUCUUUCAGAGAGAUCAAGGACUCCCGUUCUUGGAUCAUACAUUCGACCAUCCUCUAAAGUCUUCUUCGUCUGAGUACGAGAGAGGGAAGGAGAUAUGGCUGAGUCUCUCGUUUCCAGUGUCGUCUCUCAGCUUGCCAGACUCCUCAUCCAAGAAGCUGUUUCCUUGGGUGGGGUGAGGGAUCAAGUCGAAUGGGUCAGAACAGAACUGCUACGAAUGAAAGGCUUCCUCAAAGAUGCCGAGUCCAGGAGGAGGGGAGACGAAAGAGUGGAGAAUUGGAUACGUGAGAUAAGAGAUGUGGCAUAUGAAGUGGAAGACAUCAUAGACAGGGUCAUGUUCAUGGCUGAGAUGCAGCGUCAGAGGAGAGGCUUCAUGGGCACCAUUUCAAGGUACUCUCACAAACCUUGUGAAUUGAUUACCCUACAUAAAAUUGGUUCUGAAAUUGAAAAAAUAAAGGAAAAGAUCCGUGGUAUCUCUGAUAGCAGAGCCACAUAUGGCAUUGCUAAUCUAGGUGAAAGUAGUGCAGUGGAUGAAAGUUGGCAAUCACUCAGAGAAUCCUCUCCUCACUCUCAUGAUGACGACAUUGAUGUUAUAGGCUUCGAGAAUGAUAAGAAAAAAAUAGUGAGUCAAUUGCUUGAUCGGAAUAAGAAAGCACGAUGUGUAAUUUCUAUAGUGGGUAUGGGUGGGCUAGGCAAGACCACCCUGGCAAGAAAGGUGUAUAAUGACCCUGCAAUUAGAGAGCAUUUUAAUACCUUUGCUUGGGUUUCAGUUUCUCAGAGCUACCGAGGCAUCGAGCUAGCGAAGGACAUUAUGAAAAAAGUAAUGGGAAUCAAAAAGAAGGAAGAAACAACUGCAGGAAUUACACUAGAAGAAUUAGAGAAGAUGGGUGAAGAAGAAGUGAGAGAGAAGCUCCGUGAUUUCCUAAGAGACAGAAAGUAUUUGGUCGUGAUGGAUGAUGUAUGGAGUGUUGAUGUUUGGAGACAAAUGCAUCCAUUCUUUUCUAAAGGAAACAACGGUAGCACAAUACUGCUUACUACACGUAUCAUCGAAGUUGCAAGAGAUACCGAGCCACGGAUUCCUCCACAUGAACUGCAGCUUUUGAACGACACAGAGAGUUUGGAACUCUUCCGUAGGAAGGCAUUUCCACCAAAUCAAGAUGUCCCAACUGAGUUGGAGGCAUUGGCCCAGAAGCUUGCAAAGAAGUGUGGUGGACUUCCUCUUGCACUGGUGGUGUUGGGAGGCCUUCUGUCAAAGAAAGAUGGUAGCUAUCACGAGUGGUCGAGAGUAGCUCAGAGCAUGAAUUGGGACGAUAGUAGAGAUGGGAAGGAGUGCCUCAAUAUAUUGGGUUUAAGUUACAAUGACUUGCCAUAUCCGUUAAAACCAUGUUUUCUAUACAUCGCUGCAUUUCCAGAGGACUCCAUUAUCUCUGCUUCCAAAUUAGUCAGGUUGUGGGUCCCGAAGGAUUCAUCCCCCAAGAGCAGAGGAGGACAAUGGAAGAAACUGCUAGAGCUUGGUUGGAUAAUUUGGUCCAGAGGUGCAUGAUCCAGCUUGUCAAGAGAAGCAAGACUCAUGGAUGGGUUAAACACAUAUGUAUCCAUGAUGUGUUACGUGACUUGGGCCAAUCGGAAGCCAGGAGGGAUGGAUUUUUUCUCAAGUUCGCAGUAGCGACGUGGGAGUAUCUCAUGGUAUACUGAGUCAUCGUAGGGCUUUCCACAAUCAUAUGCAAGACGAGGCUGAUGUCUCCUCACCGCAUCUCCGCACUUUGCUGGGCUUCAGUUUAAUUUUGACUAAUGGGGGAAGAUUUUUGAAUGGGUUAAACUUAUUAAGGGUGCUGGAUCUGGAGGGCGCAGGAGCUUUGGAGGAGUUACCGAAACAGAUCGGCGGCAUGAUUCAUCUACGAUACCUGGGAUUGAGAAGAACUAGUUUGAAGAGACUUGUUGCCCAGUAGAUACAACCCAAGAGGGGGGGUGAAUUGGGUCUUUUAAAACU